AGACAGCCUGUCACCAACAAAGUCUUUCUCUCUCUACCUUCGGUUCUCAGUCCCUCUCUCUCUUUUCUCCCUCCCUCUUUCUCUCUCUCUCUCUCUCUCUCUGUCUCUGUCUCUGAAACUUUCUCUCUCUUAGGGCUUUCAAUCUACUCCCGCGACUGUGUGAUUCGUCCUUCGACCUCAACGGAUCGAGAUUGUCAGCCUUGUAAGGUGGUUUGGCUGGGUAAUAUAUUUUGGGAUUUAUCUGUGAAGCUUCUCACAAUUUAAAUCCAGUAUUGAGACCACAAUUUCAAUCUAAUACAAAUUACUGUUGGAUUGGAGAUGGAUGGUAUCCGUAGAAUGUUACCAAAAUCAUGAAGAGAGGGAGUUGCCUAAUGAUUUUAUAGCAAGGGCAAGAAUUACAGUGUGAUCAAUUAUAGCAGGAAGGCAUUGCAUGGUAGUAGAGUCGUGUGAAAAUACUUGCUUUACUACACCCUGUUGUUAUAGCGAGGAGGAGCAAGUAUAUAUGUACUAGAGGAUUUUUCUGUAUCCAUGCUGGCAGAGAGCAUGCGUGGAAUCUGUGCUUUGGGUAAUGCCCCUGACGAGUUUUGUUGCUGAUGCACUUGGUGUGGUGACAAUUUGUCUUGUUUCUCUUUUGGUUCUCCUGGGUUUCUUCUGCAUCCUGUACUUGUGUUACUUCCGCACUUGCAUCCGUAGUCAAGGUUUUAUUCAACUCAGUUAUUUUAGCGGUCCUUGGAUUGUCCGAAUUACGCUUAUCUUCUUUACAAUCUGGUGGGGUUUUUGGGAAAUAAUCCGGUUAAAUUUGUUGAGACGUGAGGGUAAAGUAUUAAAUGCCCUUAACUUGAAAUGGCAGGAAUUUUUUUGCAAAUGUUACAUUGUUUCAAACCUCGGGUUUGCAGAACCUUGCCUGUUCCUCACCCUCGUGUUUCUCCUUCAUUCAUCAUUGCGGAAGACGGGGGCAUUAAGCCAAAAAUGGAAUGGGAAAACAGCAGCUUAUGUUAUUCUCUAUUGCCUCCCAGUGUUUGUUCUUCAGCUCAUAGUUAUUUUAAUUGGACCCCAAAUUGAGAAGGGUGAGAGUUUUGUGCACAAAUUACCACAUUAUUUCACAAGUGCAGCUUCUAAGGACCAUGAUGAUGUUGCCUUCUGCACUUACCCUUUAUUGAGUACCAUAUUCCUCGGUCUUUUUGCUACUGUUCUAACAAUGUAUUUGUUCUGGCUUGGAAGACGGAUAUUGAAGUUGGUUAUUAAUAAGGGUUUGAAAAAGAGAGUUUACACAUUGAUGUUCUCUGUUUCCAGUUUAUUUCUGUUAAGGGUUCUAUUUCUUGGCUUAACUGUUCUAUCUAGGCCAGAACAUUUUCUGUUCGAAGUUUUCACAUUCUUGGCUUUUCUUUCCCUGUUAUGUUGUGCUGGGGUGGUUAUUUCCGUGCUUGUGUACUUCCCAGUUGCAGAUUCUUUAGCAUUGAGGAAUCUGCAAGAUUUAGAGGCUACGAGAGGGAUUAUUGAAGAACAAAAUGACACCAUUUCACUAAUUGCUAACCAAAGCGCUCUUGAAGAAAGUAUGGAAAGUAGCCCUGGUAGAAAUUCUAUUACUUCAACGAAACGAGGAUCCAUUUCUUUUCGGGCUAUGGAGAAAGAUGGAACAUCUGGAGCGUUUGUGGAAUUGAGCCUCUUCUCUCCCAGUCAGCAUUCAACCCCACCAGGCUCACCCCAACUUCUUGGCUGGCCUAUGCUCCCUGCUUCUUCAACAUUUCAUGGGCAGUGAAAGUAAAAACGUCCGAGAACUCAUGGUAGAACUCAUUUUUGUGGCUAGAAAAUAUCAUUUGUAAAGGGUUUAGGUUUAAUAAGGAUUGAAAUUUUUGGUUUUGUUAUUUGUUUGGGAUAUAAUGGUUUGUUUGCUAUCCACCUCCUUUUUUUUUUUUGGUGGAACUCUUGGUCUGUAUCUCUUCUGCUCUAUUUCUAUAACCAUUGUCAAUUACAUCCUGCUUAAGGUCA